GACGAGUAGGAGAGGCGCUUCAUGUAUCUCACGACCAAGCAAGGCGUGUGACAAAUACUCGGCGGGUGUGUCAGAUUGUUGAAGAUGAUCAAUGUCGGGCGAACGCCACUGAUCGCCGCCACGGUGCCUGUGGGAUCCAUAUUCGCGCUAACGCCAUGUGCACACAAUGUGUCUCGCCUGUGUGUACCUCUGCCGGCCGCGCGUUGGCUCGGCGAGCGAGUAUCGACGUCCGCUCGGUCUCUGUUGGCAGCCGUGAUCGCCGCGAUUGGAUAUGUGAUAUCUCUCCCCUGGGGCAUCGAUGGGUCCAUCGUCCCUUCGGUUCGCGCCUCACCCCUGCCCUGUCAGUAGCCACAAGAUAAGUCAGAUGUAAGCCGUGAAA